CACAUGCCCUUCUUUUCUUGCAUGUCCUCUCUUAGCAUCACUGCAUUGCUCUUAAUCACUGGGGUGGUUAUUCCAUUUUCUUCUGUAAGUUUGAACCAUAUUGCUACUGAAGAAAAUGGCAAUUGAGCAGCACAGUGAUGUGGAGAGUGGACAUGACAACAACAACAACAAUAAUAAUAAUAAUAAUAAUAAUAAUGGGCUUCAGGAUUUGCAAGAGCCCUUCAUUGAGCAAGGGAAGAAGGAUGUUUCCUGCAAAGAUGUUGAAUCUAAUACAACAAUGGUGGAACAUGGAUCCAUUGGAAUGGUUCUGCUCAGCACAUUUGUUGCUGUCUGUGGUUCUUUUUCAUUUGGAACUUGUGUGGGAUAUACAGCACCUACUCAAGCGGCUAUCAGGGAAGAUCUUAAUCUAUCUCUUGCUCAGUUUUCCAUGUUUGGUUCUUUAGUAACCAUUGGUGCAAUGCUCGGGGCUGUAACAAGUGGCCGGAUUACCGAUUUCAUUGGCCGGAAAGGGGCAAUGAGAAUGUCAACAGCAUUUUGCAUAACAGGAUGGUUAGCCCUCUUCUUCUCAAAGAUCCUUACUCACUCGACUUUGGAAGAUUUUUCACAGGAUAUGGAAUUGGAGUUAUCUCAUAUGUGCAAAAUGGAACAGGUUCCUAUAUAUAUAGCUGAAAUAGCACCAAAGAAUCUUCGAGGUGGACUUGCAACAACAAAUCAGCUUAUGAUUGUUAUUGGAGCUUCAGUCUCAUUCUUAAUAGGAAGUGUCAUAACUUGGAGACAACUAGCUCUAGCAGGACUAGUUCCAUGCAUUUGCUUGCUGAUUGGUUUGUGGUUUAUCCCUGAGUCCCCUAGAUGGCUGGCGAAAGUUGGUCUUGAAAAGGAAUUUCAAGGAGCAUUAAGGAGACUUCGGGGAAAAAAUGUUGAUACUUCUCAAGAAGCUGAAGAAAUUCUUGAUUAUAUUGAAACUCUCCAAAGCCUUCCUAAAACCAAGCUUCUGGAUUUGUUCCAAAGCAAACACGUGCGAUCUGUAGUGAUUGGGGUUGGAUUAAUGGUGUGCCAACAAUCUGUUGGAAUUAAUGGUAUUGGAUUUUACACAGCUGAGACUUUUGUAGCAGCCGGACUUUCUGCUGGCAAAGUUGGUACCAUAGCCUAUGCAUGUAUGCAGGUUCCAUUCACUGUAUUGGGAGCUAUUUUAAUGGAUAAGUCUGGAAGAAAACCACUGAUAAUGGUUUCUGCAUUUGGGACAUUUUUAGGCUGCUUCAUCACUGGAAUUGCCUUCUUUCUCAAGGAUCAAAGCUUAUUGCUCGAGUGGGUACCGGUGUUAGCAGUGGCCGGCGUGAUGAUAUAUGUAGCAGCAUUUUCAAUUGGAUUGGGACCAGUUCCUUGGGUGAUAAUGUCUGAGAUCUUUCCCAUACAUGUGAAGGGAACAGCUGGGAGCUUGGUGGUUUUGGUUAACUGGCUAGGAGCUUGGGUAGUUUCAUAUACUUUCAACUUCCUAAUGAGUUGGAGUUCUCCUGGUACUUUGUUUUUGUAUGGUGGAUGUUCCCUCUUAACUAUUGUAUUUGUAGCAAAGUUUGUACCCGAAACCAAGGGAAAAACGCUGGAGGAAAUACAGUCAUGCAUUAAUUAUUCAUAGAGAUAGAAUAACGUCCGGACUUGUGGUAGCUUAAGCCAAAAAUCAUAUCACAAUGAUGUUGUGCAAUUAUUGCUGUUAUGGAUAGGAUCGGCAUUGCCAAAUAAGGCACCAAGUUACAGAAUAUAUGGAUGACAUUGUGCACCAGAGAUAGAAUAAGUUGAUACUUACUAAUGUAUUCUGUCCCUUACUCCAUUAUAUUUUACUAGUAGUAGCUUAUUUAUAGAAUAAUUUCACAUUAUUCAAUCAUGAAAAUCAGGUGUCGUUUCA